UCCACGUCUACUCGAGUCCCUCUUGUCUCGCAGUGGAGCUGUGCUGUUUGCAGUCUGCUCGGAAUACACGUGGUAUUAUUGUCGAUUUCGGAGGAGGAUGAGUGAUAACGAUGACAUCGAAGUCGACAGUGAUGAAGAGUCGUCGAGAUUUCACCCAGUGGCAGACAAGCGGGCACACCACAACGCACUGGAGCGCAAACGCAGGGACCACAUCAAAGACAGCUUUCACAGUUUACGUGACUCUGUGCCUUCUUUACAAGGAGAGAAGAACUUUGUCAAACAGGCUUCCCGAGCUCAGAUUUUAGACAAAGCCACAGAGUAUAUCCAGUACAUGCGCCGCAAGAACCACACGCACCAACAGGACAUUGAUGAUCUGAAGAAACAGAACGCUUUGCUGGAGCAGCAGGGUAAUUUCCGUGCUCUAGAGAAAGCCAAGGGGAACACGCAGCUGCAGGCCAGCUACUCAUCAGACAGCAGCUUGUACACCAACCCUAAAGGCAGUGCUGUGUCAGCCUUCGACGGUGGUUCUGAUUCCAGCUCCGAGUCUGAGCCUGAGGAGCUGCCCACCAGGAAGAAGCUCCGCGCUGAGCCCAGCUAGACGCAUCCAUCCUGCCUGUCAGACUCUCUCCUCCAUCCUCGCCCCCUUCUGUCUCACCCUCCCACAACCUGUUCCUCCCUCUCUUUUUCUCCUGUGUGUUCCGAAACCUGGGGAGUGUCUUGAGAAAGGCCUGAAAAGUUUCAGCCUUUCAUCUUGCAACACGGAUGCCACUUUGUGCGUGGAUCAAGCAAACCUUCGUUUCCCUCCCAGGCGUGGCAGCUUGGCAGUUUUAAGACUGCGAUAUUUUUCAGCCUCUUCAAGUAGUCAUGCAGCAAGUAAUAUAAAGCAACAAAGCAUUAUGUUUCCCAAAUGAGCUAUGAGAUAGUAAGAGGAAAAAAAUAGGUGUUUAAUAAACAAAUAAUUUACAUUUGUAAUAUUUCUAAUUUUCCAUGAGAUAUACAAUGGUGCUUUUUAAAGGAACACAAGGGUAUGUUGGCUGUAUUAUGCUGGUAUAUGGAAGACUGGUGUUCUCCCCUUUUUUUGUCAAAGAUCUGUUGCUGAAUUUGUUUAUUUAAUGGAAUGUAGAGGCUGUAUUUUGUUAAUGUGUUGUUUUUGCCUGAGAUUAUAAGUGGAAGUAGCUGGCCUCGACUUUUCCAUUUCCAGACUUCAUAGUUGUGGAACUUGGAUUUUUAAUCUGCUUCGCCAAAAGAGGACAACUUUUUAAUACAGGUAAACUUCCCUCCAGAAGUUGAAUGUUACCGUGUAGUUCAAAAGCAGUUUUUUGAUUACAUGUAAGUUUGUCCAUUUCAGUAUGUAGUAUGUGGCACUGUAUACUCUUAAAUGUAAUUGUCUUGAUGGAAUAACCUUCCCCCGUGAAAUUGCCUGCCUAGGGAAUAUUUUGGUUUCAUUUGAAAGAGUGUGUAUGAAAUAUUGUGCUUUUAUUCCAUUCCAUGGAAAUUACAGGUAUGUUGUACAUACUGCCAACAGUUGUCUUGCAAGUUGAGGCAUACCUUUACUAUGAGACUCCAAAUAAAACUAUUUUAUCUUUGACCUUAUCAGGUUUGAUUGUACUUUUGGGGGGUUAGAGUUCAAAGUGUUUACCUUCCAGUUCUGGGUUAUGCAUGAUGGCUCAUAGUUUGUAAGAGAGUACUGCGACAAUCAAACGUUGUACAUAGUACACAAAUCCCCACCUGAAUUUAGAUUGUGAGAUAUUAAGGUAUCAGCACCCCCCCCCCCCCCCCCCCCCCAAACAUCAUUGCUGUUCAAGCUGUAAAGUGCACUAAUAUUUUAUCUCGGGUAAAUGGCAGCCAUACACACAAGUGAUUUUGCAGAAACCCUUGGAGCCAGAUUCUGAUUGUGUGGUUGAAUUGUGAUUCUUGAAAUGUUAUACUUGCAUCCACAGCAUUGGCUAGUAAUGGCAAGUUGUUAAUCAAAUGUCUUGUGUUAAUUGUAUGUUGUUUAUGUACUGUACAU